AUGGCGUCCGGGGUCGGGGCGGGGACGGGGACGGGGGGCUCUGGGCCGGCGGCGCUGCUGGCAGGUCUCUGUCACACAGACCAGGACCGUCCUCUUCCUCUGUGGCAGGACGGAAACUUCAGCCCCUGCUUCAACCAGCUGGUCCUCGGAGCUCUGCCGCACGCCGCCAUGGCGGUCUGCAGCGCCUGCUACCUGGGCAUGGCCAGGUGCGGCCCCCAGCAGGCUCCGCCCCCUUGCUCCUGGACCCUCCGGCUGCUGUCGGCCCUGCUGCUCGCCGCCCUGCUGGCGGCGGACGUGGCGCUGGCGGGCGUCCUGCGGCGGCCCGACGUGUUCCUGCUGCUGCUGUGCGACGGCGCCGGCGUGCUGGCCUGGCUGCUGCACGCCGGCGCCGUGGCGGCACUGCGGAGGACGGCGUGGCGGUGGGACGGAGCCGUGUUUGAAUCCCGCCGAGCCUCUGAGCCUGGCGCGCUUCGUGCUGGCCGCGGCGCGGGCGCCGCUCCUCCUCCUCUACCUCCUGGCGUUUGCGUUUCCCUGCGUCGGCGACGCCGGUUACACGCUGCACAUCAACGCCGCGGACGACUCGCCGCCGCCGCUGCCCUGGAGCUCCGCCCCCGACACGGGGGAGGUGGUGGCGGAGGACGGCAGCGGCUGCGCGUCGCGCCUCUUCUACCUGUGGCUGUCGCCGCUGCUGCGCCGCGGCCGGCGUGGCGAGCUGGACCGGCCGGACCAGGUGUACCACCUGCCGCGCAAGCUCCGCACCGCCGCCGUGCGCUCGUACUUCGAGCAGUGCUGGGAGGCCUGCGGGGGGCGGAGCCCCGGGUCCCCGGAGGUGGGCGGGGCCACGGAGCCGGACGGGGAGGUGGGGCUGCUGCGGGUGCUCCACACGGCGUUCGGCCGGCGGUACUACGUCCUGGGAGCGCUGAAGGCCACCGUCAACCUGUCCAGCUUCGCCGGGCCGCUGCUGCUCAACGGCCUGGUGAGCUACAUGGAGGAGGGGGCGGCGCCCGCCAGCAGGGGGGUCUGCUGCGCCCUGGGGCUCUUCGCCUCCACGCUGCUCUGCUCCGUCCUCAGGAACGUCUUCGUCUUCGAGGUGUCCAAGGUGGCGCUGUCGGCGCGCGCCGCCCUGGUGUCGGCCAUCUACGGCAAGGCGCUGCGGCUGCGCGGCGGCGGCGGCGGCGGCGGCCUGGCCGGCUGCUCGCUGGGCGAGGCGGUCAACCUGAUGAGCGCCGACACCGACCGCGUGGUCAACUUCUUCAACAGCUUCCACGAGCUGUGGAGCCUGCCCUUCCGCUUCGCCGUCACGCUGUACCUGCUGUACCUGCAGGUGGGCGUGGCCUUCCUGGGCGGGCUGGCCGUGGCGCUGCUCCUGGUGCCGUUCAACAAGUUCCUGGCUUCUCGAAUCGUCAGCAACAACAAGCACAUGCUGCGCUGCAAGGACAGCCGCGUCAAGCUGAUGACAGAAAUCCUCUUCGGGAUCCGAGUCAUCAAGUUCUACAGCUGGGAGGCUCACUUCGCCCGCAAGGUGGCGGAGUGCCGGCGCCGGGAGCUUUCCCACCUCAAGGCCGUCAAGUACCUGGACGCCCUGUGCGUGUACACCUGGGCCGCGCUGCCCGUGCUCAUCUGCAUCCUCACCUUCGUCACGUACGUCCUGCUGGGACACCAGCUGACCGCCGCCAAGGUCUUCACCACCCUGGCCCUGGUGGGGAUGCUGAUCAUCCCCCUCAACAGCUUCCCCUGGGUCCUGAACGGCGUCCUGGAGGCCAAGGUGUCUCUGGAGCGGAUCCAGCGCUUCUUCAGCCUCCCCAGCCGGGACCUGCAGGCCCACUACGGCCCGGGGCCUCCGGGGGACGAGCGCACCGCCGUGCUGUUGAGCCAGGCGUCCUUCUCCCGGGAGGGGCCCGGCGGAGGGGGGGCUCUGCUGCUGCACGGCGUCAAUCUGCACGUUGCCAAGGGCUCUCUGGUGGUUCUGGUGGGGAAGGUGGGUUCUGGGAAGAGCUCCUUGCUGGCCGCCAUCACAGGAGAACUCAGCAGGACCAGCGGCGUUCUCUACGUGGCGGACCGGGACCGGGGCGUCGGCCUGGCCUCCCAGGAACCCUGGAUCCAGCACGCCUCCGUCCGAGAGAACAUCCUGUUCGGGAGGGAGUACGACGCCGCGUUCUACCAGGCCGUGAUCCAGGCCUGCGCGCUCGCAGACGACCUCAGCGUUCUGCCGGACGGCGACCGGACGGAGGUGGGGGAGAACGGAGUGACGCUGAGUGGAGGACAGAAGGCCCGGCUGGCGCUGGCCAGAGCCGCGUACAUGGACAAGCCGCUGUACCUGCUGGACGACCCGCUGGCGGCCGUGGACUCGGACGUGGCCGAGCACCUGAUGCGGCGCUGCAUCCUGGACCUGCUGCGGGGGAAGACCCGCAUCCUCUGCACCCACCGCAUCGAGCUGGCGCACCGCGCCGACAUGGUGGUCCUGGUCGACGACGGAACCAUCGUCAGGACCGGUUCGCCGGCGGAAAUCCUUCCUCUGGUGGAGGCGGCGCCCAAGAAGUCCAAGAACGAGAACCACAGGAAGGAGGAAGCUGGUUUCGCCGGUUCUCCACAUGCUGUGGAGUAAAAACCGACUCGUCCUCCAGGUGCAGCGGAGCACGAGGAGCAGGAGCCCGGUUCGAUCCCCGGCCUGGGCCCGGAGGACGGCCGGCCCGACGGAGCGGGGGAGGAGCAGAAGCAGGCGGGGGCGCUGGCCUGGAGCGUGUACCGGACCUACUGGGGGGCCGUGGGGGGGGUCCUGGCCUCCGCCAUCCUCACCGCUCUGCUGCUCAUGCAAGCCUCGAAGAACGUGUCGGACUGGUGGCUGUCUCACUGAUCUCGGCGCUGAAAAGAACGACUCGUCACACACGCCAACCAGUCGGCGGCGGCGGCGGCGUUCAGCUCUCCUCGCCUGCUGCUCUCCUCCACCGGCGGCCUCCUGUCUUCGGUGCGCCCCCUGCAGGCGUUCCUCUCCAACCGCUCCGACCCGGACGUCACGUUCUACCUGACGGUGUACGGCUGCCUGGGAGCGGCCAACUCCGUCUUCACCGCCCUGCGAGCCUUCCUCUUCGCCUACGGCGUCGUCGCCGCCGCCGCCGCCAUCCACACCCGCCUGCUGGACCGGGUCCUGAAGGCCACGCUGGGCUUCUUCGACACCACGCCGGUGGGCCGCGUGCUGAACCGCUUCUCCUCCGACCUGUACGGCAUCGACGACAGCCUGCCGUUCAUCCUCAACAUCCUGCUGGCCAACGGCGCCAGCCUGCUGGGCGCGCUGGCGGUGAUGGGCUGGGGGCUGCCCUGGGUGCUGCUGCCGCUGGCGCCGCUGGCGCUGGCGUACCACCGCACGCAGCGCUUCUACCGCCACACGUCCCGCGAGCUCAAGCGCCUCUGCAGCCUCACGCUGUCGCCCGUCUACUCGCACUUCUCCGAGACGCUGACCGGGCUGGCCACCGUGCGGGCCAGCGGCAGCGCCGCCAGGUUCGAGGAGGAGAGCGCCCGCCGCCUGGAGCAGAACCAGCGCUGCCUGUUCCUCAGCACCGCCGCCAUGCAGUGGCUGGACAUCCGCCUGCAGCUGAUCGGCGUCGCCGUGGUGACGGGCCUCGGCACCAUCGCCGUGGUGCAGCAUCAGUUCAACGCGGUGGAUCCGGGCCUGGUGGGGCUCGCCCUCUCGUACGCCCUCUCCAUCACCUCCCUGCUGUCGGGCAUCAUCUUCAGCUUCACACAGACGGAGAUGCAGCUGGUGAGUGUGGAGCGGACGGAGGAGUACUCCACCAGCCUGCCCAGCGAGCCGCAGCAGCGCCACCCGCAGCUGCCCCCCGCCUGGCCCCAGCAGGGCCGGCUGGAGUUCCGGGACGUGGUCCUGGCCUACAGGGAGGGGCUCCCCAACGCCCUGGACGGGGUGAGCCUGGUGGUCCGGCCCGGCGAGAAGGUGGGCAUCGUGGGACGCACGGGCUCCGGGAAGUCCACCAUGUUCCUGGCUCUGUUCCGCAUGGUGGAGCUGAACCGGGGCCAGAUCCUCCUGGACCAGCUGGACAUCAGCACUGUGGGCCUGGACCAGCUCCGGUCGCGGCUGGCCAUCAUCCCUCAGGACCCCUUCCUGUUCAGCGGGACCGUCAGGGAGAACCUGGACCCCUGCGGGCUGCAGGCGGACCGCCGGCUGCUGGAGGUUCUGGACCAGUGUCACCUGAGCUCGGCGGUCAGCAGGAUGGGGGGGCUGGACGCCGAGGUGGGGGACAGGGGACAGUCCUUCUCUGCGGGACAGAGACAGCUGCUGUGUCUGGCCAGAGCCCUGCUGACCGACGCCAAGGUUCUGUGUAUCGAUGAAGCCACGGCCAGCGUGGACCAGAGGACCGACCAGCUGCUGCAGCGGACCAUCCGGGACGAGUUCCACGACCGCACCGUGCUCACCAUCGCUCACAGGAUCAACACCAUCCUGGACUGUGAGCGGGUUCUGGUGAUGCAUGCUGGGAAGGUGGUGGAGUUCGAUUCCCCCGCCGCUCUCUGCCGCUCCGACGGCUCCAUCUUCCAGCGGCUGCUGGGCGACGGAACCGACAGAGAGAACGGAGGGACGGAACCCACAGAGGGACCCACAGAGGGACCCGGCUGACGGACCCGGUCCCUCUGGCCCGGUUCUGGACUCUGGACUCUCAUUGGUUCCCAGCAGCUCUCAUUUAAAUCAACAUGGAACACCGAGUGAGAUCUCUGGAGAACCCUGGAGGACGCAGAGGAGAACCCAGAGAACCUGCAGACGGACCGAGGAGGAACCAGCUGAUGGUCUGGUUUUGUCUCGUGCGUCGUCCUGGUUCCUCUUUGACCUUCGGUUCUGGGACCGGGUUCCGUGUGGGGGAUCCUGAGAUGUGGGACUUUAAAUGUUGUGGUUCCAGGUGGAGAACCAGACCGGCGGUUUGUCUCCCUCUUCGCCGACGAUCUGCCGCUUUAUGUUUUUGUACGGUUCUCCCGGUUCCAGGGAUGCUCAGGGUUCCUGUUCUUGACAGUUCUUUAUUGUUAUUUUCAUCCGAAGUCUGAAUGUUUUUCUCCAGAUGUUGAAAACAGCUGGAUUUGCUGGAGUUUUCUCUUCUGUGAAUUUGAGUCUUUUUAUCUUUGCUUUUAAUUUGAAAGGGAUAUUUUUCUACAUACUGGCGUCACUUCCUGUCUGUGUGUUUUGCUGUAAUCUGGUUCUGAUGAGAACCGCUCAUGUGGGACUGAAGGAAUGAAGCGUUUCUUGCCACUGGACCUGGACACUGGACACUGGACACUGGACCUGGACACUGGACCUGGACACUGGACACUGGACACUGGACACUGGACCUGGACACUGGACCUGGACACUGGACACUGGACACUGGACCUGGACACUGGACCUGGACACUGG